GAUGACGUCGCGUUUGUCUUCCUCGAACCUUUGCCCCAAUCGCAUCGCGAACUCGGCCUGUUUCGCGAGCACCACCUGCUGCUGCUUAUCACUGCUGUGACGCAGCAUCCCUGAUCUUUCCCAUUCGGAAUAAUUUCCCGUGCAAUCAUGGCCUGCGUCCCGUCGAUUUUCCUCAGUUAAAUCCCCAUCCGAGUCGUUCCCUUUUCUGCCGUCGACGGCAUGGGAAAAAGUGUGACGCGUGUUCAAGUGGUGAAAAUGAUCAAUUUUCGUCGGGUUCAGUGAGAAAAAUGUCCUCGUCAUCUCGGUUGUCGGUCGUCGAUGCGGAAAAGAAGCUGCGCUCCACUACCCCGAUGGAUCAGAACGGAGUGAUGUGUUUGGUCACCAAGUGAACGGAAAAGUUGUUUAAAUUUUUCUUCCCGACGACGACGACGGCUUUAUUUUUGGCCAUUGGCCAUCCCCGUGUUAAGGUGAGGCGGAAAACGUACACAGUAACGGAGGCGAAGGCAAUGCAUAGGUGAGGUGAGAGUGCGAGCGAUAUCGUGGUGUCACGCAGCAUUGCCACCGCCGGAGCGAACCAAACCGGUGUGGAGAGCGGAGAAUCCCCGGAACUUUCCUCGAGUGAAUCGAGCGCUCUCUUCAGCUGUUUACUAUCCACCCAUAUAGGCAGAGGUAUCCAAUCCACUAAAUACCGAAAGAAGUGCGAUAUGUCGCCCGCCUGUUGAAGUCGGGUUCGCGUAUUAACCGACCGCCGCACCGUAGAGAGUGGAGCCUGGAGCAUAACAUCGCGUGCGGCCCCUCCAAAACGUGUGAAUCGCCUCAGCUCACGUCUCCGCAUCGCUUGGACUCGGACCGUCGCCGCCGCCGCAGUUUGGUGACAGACAGACAUGAGAACGGACGGACGGCCAUCGGUGGACGACGACGUUUGGUUGGAGGUAGAACUUGCUGAUCAGAAGAGAAGGAGCGACGACGCCGGUGGGGGUGGUGGCGGUAGUGGGGUCAGUUGUGAAUUUGCUAACGGUGGACGACGGACUGGCCGCCGCGACGGGUCGACGAUGAUGAUAUUUGGCUGCGACAGUGCUCAUCAUCACCCUGUUCAGUCUAUCAGCUGAGCCCGACGACUUAAGUCGUUGAGUAGUCAGCGAUUCGCGACGACGACAUCGGUACACGUGCCAACUGCUGCUAGUACAACAGUCGGUUCCGCCUCAUCCCGCGCAACGAUGGAAUUGUCCGCCGCGAGUAAAGAGUUGGGAAUGGUCCGAAACGGGAAUCCGGAAUCGCCGGCGGAAUGUGAUAACAGUAGUGAUAGUGAUAGGCUAGCAUUAGUAGAUCCCGAAAACAUAGCUCGCUUCAAGGCUGAACUGUUGGAGUUUCUCGACGGUCUGUACACUCCCGAUCAGCCAUGGGAUAUAACGGUGUUCGAGGGCUAUGGCCGUGGAAUGGUAGCUACCCGGGACAUCGCAGAGAAUGAAUUGAUCUUCCUGGACCGGCCCAUCCUGCUGGGUCCCCGAGUCAACAACUACGAUGUGAUAUUCUGUGCCAGCUGUUGUAGAAUACAGAAGAAGCUAACCCUGUGUAGUGGGGGUUGUCGACUACCCGUUUGCUCAGAAUGCGACAUCUCGGCAGCUCCGGAAACUCCCCACACCGCCGAGUGCCGCGUAAUAACCUCCUGGGAACCCAAAGACCAAAAUCGCUACUGUAAAACCAUCCUGUACGCGCUGACCUCGAUCCGGGGGUUCCUCCUGGACGAUCUCCGUCGUUCGAUCGUGCUCAACAUGGAAGCUCAUCCACCUCGCAAAGACAUGACCACCGAGGUCGAACGGAUACUCAAAGAUCAAGUGUUCAGCAAUCUCUCGGAAUCCGGCGAAGAUGUCCAAUACCUCCGCAAGAUCGUCGACGUUCUGAACACGAACGCGUUCGAAACCAGCCGGAUGGUGCAGGACGAGGAGAACAACGACCACGAAAUAGUUCUCCGAGGUCUGUACAUCCUCGGUGCCCUGAUGAACCACUGCUGUCGACCAAACAUCCGAUACGUGUUCGACUCGGACCUGGUCAUGCGCUGCUACGCCUCCAAACCCAUCCCCAAAGGGGCCCAGAUCUUCAACAACUACUCCAAAACUCUCUGGGGCACGCAGCACCGCAUCAUCCACCUGUGCUUCUCGAAGCACUUUCUGUGCGGGUGCGAUCGCUGCCGCGAUCCGACGGAAAUGGGCACCUAUCUGGGGGCGUUGAAGUGCGUCCGCGACAGCUGCCCCCAGGGCCGGAUGGUUUCGAUGAAUCCGAUGAAGAUUGCGUCGGUGUGGCAGUGCGACACCUGCGGGCUCAAGAUGAACAACGUGAAGAUUACGAAAAUCCAGGAAAUCGCCGGCCGGAUGAUCCUGAACAAUGCGGUCAAGAAGGACGCCGCCUACAUCGUGGAGUACUUGAGCGAUCACGUGUCGAAGUUUCUGCUGCCGUGCAAUCAGUUCACGGUGGAGCUGAAGCUGCAGGCUAUUUUGAAAAUUCAGGAUGAUGCGGCGUUGGAGUUGCAGGUGGAGAAGGACAAGUACUGUCGGGAGAUUUUGGAGAUUCUGCGGAAGCUGGACUACGGCGAGUGCUACGUGAAGGGGGUGCUGUGCUACGAGCUGUUCAAGGUGCUGAUGGCGAUCGCAAGGUUGAAGGAAGAGACAUUCCCGGACGAGGAAGCACUAGGCUAUCUACGAACCGCUUGGACCAUCCUGGGCUGCAGUGGGAACCGCCCACGCGAUUUGGUGCAGCUUGCCCAGCUACAUGGUUUCGUCAAGGACGUUUGAUGACAAUCGACCACAGCAAACCGACAACAACAGACAGUGUUGUGUUGUAGAGAACAAUCAAAACAACGUGGUUGUGUUUGUGUUCGGUCUCAGUAGGCCGAUCGGCAAAAUGGAAACGAAUAUAAUGGUUGUUUUAGGCGCACCAAUCAAAAAGCGGCACACAGAUACAUUCACGAACAUACACACACACUCGCACAAGCACCGAAGCCCGUGCAAAAAUGGUUGAGAUUUCAGAUUUUUUUCGGAGAUUGAUAGACAGGUAUUGGCAGAGUGUGUAUUUAGGACAAUUUUUGCUCACAACACACUUUUUCCUAUCACUAGACAGCGAAGUUGAUAUAGGUACACUGAAAUGACACUGACACUGACAGCACACUGACAGUCAGCACCGUCGUCGUAAUCUUCGUCGCCCUGGGUGACGGACGGGUGCUCUGUUUGUUUUGCUCGCAUCUCGUAACGUUAAGGCUCACAUUCUCUCCUAAAAGUAGAAGAUAAGCGAAUAUUUGAAACAUUUUUUUUAUAUAUUGGUAAAUAGAGUGAUACAAGUGCAAAAAAAAAGUCGAAGUCGUUCUUCCAAUCGGGAGCAGAAAAAAAGGAGAAAAACAACGGCACUAUAAAUGAAAAUAAACAAAAAUGUCAUUACACUCGGAUUGACGCACAAAGACUGGCAUCUUUUCUCGCACCUCGUGUUUUUCGCCUAUAAAUCGUUAAACUUUGCCCCCACUCUCUAUGACAGCCUUUCUCUUUCAAACAGGCUGUUUACCCACUUUUCUCUCUCUAGUCUAGUUCAAAAAAAAAAAAAAAAAAUGAAGAGAAAAAAUCGUGUCUUUCAAAUCUGUCCAUUUGUUGACAAGAACAGUAUCUAUUUCCAGUCAUUACACCGUCAAACGCGUAAAUGAGAACCACAGGUAAAACACUGAUGUUGACUCGCGGACAUGAGCCGCAAAGUCAUUCAACCCCCAAUCACAAUUGGGAUUUAAUCAACACACAAAAAAAUUAAUGAACACAGUUAAAAUUUCUAAAUUUUGUCGUAGGAUAAACUUAGAAGAAGAACAACGCAAGGCAGGAUCAAAUAUCAUCACACAAAGAUAUCGAAAUAUUUACCCAAAACUCUUUCUAGUCAAGUUCCAAACUGGUUUUUCCUAGGCUGAUAAAAAUACACAAUAUAUGGUACUCAAUGCAUAUUUAAUAAAAUAUAAAAUAAACUACAGACACAUCCACGUACAUAAUAAAUAUAUUUUCUCUCUUUAUAGAUAUUAAGUAAAAAUUUUCAGAUCCAGAUAAUUAAAUAAAAUUUACGCUUGGACUUCA